AUGGACACGCAUUGCCCACAUAUCGAAGCCUGGAGAGAGGGGACAGUAAAGACUAUCAAACUGCUUGAUAAAGGUGAUUACUUACCGGUUAAACUGACUGGGACCGGACCAUCUGUAACGCAAGCAUUUUCCGCAGGAGAGAUCCCAUCACAACAGAUGAUUGAUGCACUGGGUGAGAUCUGCACAAAAUACAAGGACCGUAAUGUCCGCAUCCUGGUUGACGCGGAGUCGCAGCAUUUCCAACGAGGCAUCCACAAUAUGGCGCUCGAGCUCAUGCGAAAAUUCAACCGAGAUGGCUACGCUCAUGUGUUUAAUACCUACCAAGCCUAUCUCAAAAGCACUUCGUACACCCUGGCAAAGGAUCUCGCUGCACCAAGCGAGGAAGGCUUCACUCUAGGUCUGAAGCUAGUACGCGGCGCAUACAUAACCUCUGAAGAACGGUCCCUUAUCCACAACAAAAAAGAGGCCACUGACGAAGCCUAUAGUGGCAUUGCCCAAGGUGCAUUGAGACAGGAGAUUGAAGAGUUUGGAGUUAAGAAUGGCCAUAAGUUUCCAUCUGUAAAUUUAUUCCUAGCGAGCCAUAACGAAGCAAGUGUGCUGGCUGUUUAUCAGUGGCAUCAACAGCGUGUCACUUGCGGGUUGCCCACGGUGCCGGUUGAUUUUGGACAACUUCAUGGAAUGGCCGAUGAAGUCAGCUUUAGCUUGUUACAGCUGAAGGGUCCUGAUGGUGAUCCGAGGUCUACAAGUGCUCAACAUGUGGGAUAG